CAUCACUCGUCCCGUCAGAGCGCUCAGGGAUUCUGUGUUUUCGCCGACAUAUCGCUUAUUAUGCAGUAUUUGUGGCAACAUUUGGACGAUAGCCUCAAGUUUAUGAUCAUUGACCUGGAUGCUCACCAAGGCAAUGGCUAUGAAAAGGAUUUAUUUAUAUUCACACAAAAUCAGAGACAAAAUGUUUACGUAUUAGACGUCUAUAACAAAGACAUUUAUCCGAGGGAUGAGUUUGCCAAGGCUUUCAUCAAUAGAGGUGUGGAACUCCUAUCCAACACGAGUGAUGAGGAAUACCUAAAACUAUUAAAUAAAAAUAUAGAGAAAGCGUUUCAAGAGUUUACCCCAAAUCUGGUUAUAUAUAACGCGGGAACAGAUAUACUAAGCGGUGACCCAUUGGGUGGACUCAACAUAUCCAGGGAUGGGGUAUUGGAAAGGGAUGUCAUUGUCUUUCAAAUGGCUAAAGACAACGACAUACCAAUUGUUAUGUUGACCAGCGGUGGAUAUCAGUUGUCAAACGCCCGGAUAAUCGCCGAUUCAAUCAUUAAUUUAAUGGACAAACAGAUAAUCAAUUCAGUGGUGGAACGGAAGGACAGUUAUAGACAGACAAUCGGGUGCAUUGGGGUGUAUAUGUCAGCCCAAAGGGGUUUACAAAUAACUGGGGGACAGAUCUUAAGCGCUUACGCCAGUCGUAGCUCAUAUCGGGACGCCAGGCUAGUGGUCACUACUGCUGGUCAGUGA